AUGUUCAUUCUUUAUUGUAUUUAUUAUAUUCAUUUAUUAUUGUUAUAUUCAUUCUUUUUUAUAUUCAUUAUAUUCAUUCUUUAUUAUUAUUAUGUUCAUUCUUUAUUAUUAUUAUUAUGUGCAUUCUUUAUUAUUAUUAGUAUGUGCAUUCUUUAUUAUUAUUAUUAUGUGCAUUCUUUAUUAUUAUUAUGUUCAUUCUUUAUUAUUAUUAUUAUGUGCAUUCUUUAUUAUUAUUAUGUGCAUUCUUUUUAUUAUUAUUAUUAUGUUCAUUCUUUAUUAUUAUUAUGUGCAUUCUUUAUUAUUAUUAUUAUGUGCAUUCUUUAUUAUUAUUAUUAUGUUCAUUCUUUAUUAUUAUUAUUAUGUGCAUUCUUUAUUAUUAUUAUUAUGUGCAUUCUUUAUUAUUAUUAUGUGCAUUCUUUAUUAUUAUUAUUAUGUUCAUUCUAUAUUAUUAUUAUUAUGUGCAUUCUUUAUUAUUAUUAUUAUGUUCAUUCUAUAUUAUUAUUAUUAUGUGCAUUCUUUAUUAUUAUUAUUAUGUUCAUUCUUUAUUAUUAUUAUUAUGUGCAUUCUUUAUUAUUAUUAUUAUGUGCAUUCUACAUUAUUAUUAUUAUGUGCAUUCUUUAUUAUUAUUAUUAUGUUCAUUCUUUAUUAUUAUUAUUAUGUGCAUUCUUUAUUAUUAUUAUUAUUAUGUUCAUUCUUUAUUAUUAUUAUUAUGUUCAUUCUAUAUUAUUAUUAUUAUGUGCAUUCUUUAUUAUUAUUAUUAUGUUCAUUCUAUAUUAUUAUUAUUAUGUGCAUUCUUUAUUAUUAUUAUUAUGUUCAUUCUUUAUUAUUAUUAUUAUGUGCAUUCUUUAUUAUUAUUAUUAUGUGCAUUCUUUAUUAUUAUUAUUAUGUUCAUUCUUUAUUAUUAUUAUUAUGUUCAUUCUAUAUUAUUAUUAUUAUGUGCAUUCUUUAUUAUUAUUAUUAUGUGCAUUUAUUAUUAUUAUUAUGUGCAUUCUUUAUUAUUAUUAUUAUGUUCAUUCUUUAUUAUUAUUAUUAUGUGCAUUCUUUAUUAUUAUUAUUAUGUGCAUUCUUUAUUAUUAUUAUUAUGUUCAUUCUAUAUUAUUAUUAUUAUUAUUUCUUUAUUAUUAUUAUUAUUUUUUUAUUAUUUUAUUAUUAUUAUUAUGUGCAUUCUUUAUUAUUAUUAUGUGCAUUCUUUAUUAUUAUUAUUAUAUUCAUUCUUUUUAUUAUUAUUAUUGA